AUGGGCACCGGGAUGUGCUCCAGGAGGCAGAAGGGGCUGCUGCAGACCGCCUUCUGCCUGGUCACCGUGGCCUGCCUGGCCUCAGGAGUUUUCCUCUACAACCACUUGCAGCAGAAGGUGCGGAACGCCGAAGCGCUGGCGCAGAAAUACAAACAGCAGCAAGAAGCGCUGUCAGCCCAGCUCCAAGUGGUGUACGAGCACCGGUCCCGGCUGGAGCGAUCUCUGCAGAAGGAGCGAGGGGAGCACAAGAAGACAAAGGAAGAUUUUUUAGUGUACAAGUUAGAAGCUCAGGAAGCUCUCAACAAGGAGAAGCAAGACUCCAUGAACAGAUACGGGGCCCUCAGUUCCCAGCACAAGAUCCUGAAGAACCAGCACGAUGAUGUCAAGAAGCAGCUGCUGGACCUGCAGCUGCAGCAUAACAGCCUGAAGCUGGAACACCGCAAGAGCCUGGAGAGCCACAGCCAGAAAUUCACCCAGCUGCAGCAGGAGAGGGACAGCGAGGUCACCAACCUGCAGGACACAGUGUUUAAACUCAGAGAAGAGAGCAAGCUCCUCAGGAAGGCCCAUCAGGAGGUUCACUCCCAGCUCCUCAAUGCCCAGGCCCAGAUGGAAGAGUUCAGGCAGCUCAAGGAAGCUCUCCAGAAGAUGCCAGGUUUGAGAGGAGGAGCAGGAGGAGGAGGAGGAGGAGGAGGAGGAGGAGGAGGAGUUGGGAAGGGGCAGCAGCCCCUGGUGCCAGCCAGCAGCCAGCUGCAGCCAGGGAUGCAGAAGGUUUUCCAGGAGAACCAUCCCGCGCUGCCCUCGGCGGUGCCCGGCGUUCAGCAGCUGACAGGACAGGGAUCCUCCAGCCACGAUGGCCACAGGCCACAGGCACAGGUGCCCUUCAGCCAGCCAGCCCCAGCACAGGAUGCCAACUCGCUGCCAGAGGCUGUGCCAGCCUGGCCAGCACGGCACGGGGACGGCCACACGGUCAGGUUCACCCGCACCAUGAACAGCCUGCCCAACCCAGAUGUGAAGAUGGUGAUGCGCAUCCAGGUGCGAAGCCACGAGGAAAGCGAAGCUCCUGGGUUGUCCCUGGCUGAUCCAGGACAGCCCUCUCCAGCAGAAAAACCUCCAGUGCCAGACAGCCAUGCCUCAGCAGGGAACAGACAGGUGCCAAUGCAAAGCUGGAAGGACCUCGUGAGCAAGGUGAACGCCCAGAUGGACGAGGAACAAGCACGUGGGUACCCCAAGUUUUCCCCCAAGGCCGGGCAGAGAGGCAGCCCCCAGCCCCCCAGCCCACGGAGAGGGGCAGAGCAGGCAGCAGAGAAGGAGAGGGCGGAUGAGGAGGAGCUGGAGAUGGAUGCAGGAGUGAUCGACAGGGAGGACAACGUGCACUCACAGAAAGAGCCCGUGGUCCAGGAGCCCAUGAUGCCCGAUGAUGCUGCAGAUCCUGCCCAGGACCCCAAUAACCAAGGUGAGGAUGAGUUUGAGGAGGCUGAGCUGGAGAGACCUGACUUUGAGGAGAAGGUGGGAGGCUCAGAGAAGUUCAAGGAGCCCAGCAUUAAAGAAGAGCCUAAGGAGAAGCCACCAAAGGAUGCUGGCAGACCUGCCAAGCCCAGGGAAGACCCACUGGAAGAUUACCAAGAAGAUCAGGAGCAAGAAAUUGAGGAUCAUGGAGGGGAGGUGGAUGACAACGAUGACCUGGAGCUUGUCCAAGAGCGGAAGGACCGUGCGGGGAUGCGGGGAGCUGGUGGCAAGAAGGAUGACUACUUCUGA